AUGGUCAACAAAGUAAGUAUUAGUUUUUUGUCAAUACUUUUGAUUUGCAUUACAGUAUCAGCACAAGGAAGAAAAUCAAUUUACAAAGCAAAUGAAUUUUCAGCAAACUCUCUAGUAUCCAAUGAUGGUAUCUGCAAGACUUUGGUAGAGACACAAGGUUACAAAUGUGAAGAACAUACUGUAACAACAAAUGAUGGCUUCAUCUUGAGUCUACAACGAAUCCCGACGGGGCGGUCUGGUAAGAAAGCCGACAAACCGCCUGUGUUAAUUCAACAUGGCCUCUUUUGUGAUGCUGCAAUAUGGUUGUUCAAUUCUCCUGAAGAAUCACUAGGGUUUAUUUUAGCAGACGCUGGAUUUGAUGUGUGGCUUGUUAAUGGCCGCGGCACAAAAUAUAGCACCGGACACACAUCACUAACUACUCACGACAUGGCUUACUGGGAAUGGUCAUGGGAUGAAUUAGCAAGUUAUGAUGUUCCUGCAUCAGUAGAAUAUGUAUUCAAUCUUACUGGUCAAAAAAUACACUAUGCAGGUCAUUCUCAGGGAACUUUAGUGGCCUUUGUUAAUUUAUCUCAAGGGAAGCUUCUGAAUAUGUUGAGAUCAGCUGCAUUACUAAGUCCUAUUGCUCAUUUGAAUCAAAUUGCUUCACCAGCAACAAAACUUGCUGCACAACUCUUUUUAGCUAACGAUGUUUACUGGUUAGGUUUACGCGAAUUCAUUCCUCAUUCGAAUGAAGUAGCAAAAUUUGUGAGUGGAAUAUGCUCCACUCUAAAUCAACCCUGCUUAAACUUAAUCACAUUUUUCACAGGUCCAAAUUGCUGCGUAAAUUCUUCCAGACUUGAUUUCUAUACUGACCAUGAACCAAAUCCAACAGCAACAAAGAACCUGAUUCAUCUAUCCCAAAUGGUCCGAACGGGACAAGUAGCAAAGUAUGAUUAUGGCAUUCUAAACACACUACACUAUGGACAACUGGUUCCUCCAACUUAUGACAUGACAAAAAUCCCAAAAGAAUUCCCUCUUUUUAUCAGCUAUGGAGGGAAAGAUUAUCUAUCUGAUGUACAAGAUGUGAAGGUUUUGCUCAAUGAUCUAAGUAAUCAUGAUGCUGACAAGCUUGUGGUAUUGUAUAAAGAUGAAUAUGCACAUGCUGAUUUUAUUAUGGCUAUUAAUGCUAAACAAGUCGUUUAUGAUCCCAUGAUAGCCUUUUAUAACUCUAACUGA